AUGAGUUACACAGACUUUCGUGACAUGUGUCCCGGUUCUGGAUAUGAUCCGAUUACGAAGAACUGGAACAAAGAUAUAGAUUGCUGCAACUGGGACGGUGUCGAAUGCGACCACUCCACAGGUGACAUAAUAGGUCUUGAUCUUAGCUGUGGCAUGCUACAAGGUAUCAUCCACCCUAACACCACCCUUUUUAACCUUCCUCGCCUCCAGAGACUUAACAUAGCGUACAAUGAUUUUGAUGAUUCCCAAUUUCCACGUGAAAUCGCAAGGUUUUCUCAUAGUCUAACACAUCUCAACAUCUCUCAAUGUGGUUUUACUGGCCAGAUGCCGUCAGAGAUCUCAUUUCUCUCUAAACUGGUUUCCAUUGAUCUCUCUAACAAUUUGCCUGGUUUCCAAAUUCAACCUAAUGCUUUCAAUAAUCUACUGCAAAACUGUAGUCGUUUGAGAGAGCUCGUGAUGGGGAAUGUUAAUAUCUCUUGGGUUUUACCGGCUUACCUUAAUAUAUCUUCUUCUCUAGAAUCACUCGAUCUUCAUGGAACUGGUUUGCAAGGGAAAUUACCUUACAACAUGGUGGGAUCCCUUCCGGAAUCCCUAGCAAACCUAACGCACCUAAUUACGCUAGAUUUAAGUUAUAACAUGCUUAGCGGAACCUUGCCUUCAUGGUUGUUUACCUUUCCCUCACUAGAAAACAUUUAUCUUGAUAACAACAUGUUUACUGGAGGCUUGCCAUCAAAUUGGCUCUACCUUCAAUCAUUACGGACAUUAACCCUUAGUGGAAAUCAGUUUGAUGGCGAGGUCAAUCAAGGCUCCACUAUACCACCAUCCUUUACCCAACUCAUCAACCUCUCUGUCCUUGACCUUUCAUAUAACAAGUUCAUAGGUAUAUGGGAUUUGGAUACCUUGUUUUCAAGCAUACCAAAACUUAUAUAUCUCCAACUCUCGUACAGUGGCUUAUCUGUAAUGUCCAAUAAUUCCAAUUGGUACGCCAACCCUGCUUUUAAGCGGUUAGGUUUGGCAUCUUGCAACCUCACAAUGUUCCCGAAGUCCUUACGAGCCAUGAUAAAUGUUGCAUAUCUAGAUUUAUCUAAUAACGAGAUCCAUGGCGACGUUCCUGAUUGGGCAGGAGAGAUAGGAGGAAAUGCACUGUCUCAUUUAAAUCUUUCACAUAACUCCAUAACAAGCUUACCCCAAUUUCAGUGGAAUCGAUUAGAAGAUCUAGACCUACAGUCCAACAUGAUUCAAGGACCAUUCCCUCUAUCCAUUUGCAACAUGAGUUAUUUAUAUUACUUAGAUAUGUCGCAUAAUAGCUUCGGUGGAAGUAUUCCACAAUGUUUGAGAGAUAUCAGCAGUCUCCGGCUCAUAGAUCUAAGGACCAAUCAUUUUCAUGGAACCAUUCCAAGUUUUUGUGAGAAUCACACAGAUAUACGUGGGCUAUUCUUGAAUGGAAAUCGAUUACAAGGAGCGCUUCCCACUUCUUUGUCCAGCUGUGAAUGGUUGGAAAUACUUGAUGUUGGAAACAACCACCUAAAUGGCACAUUCCCCGGUUGGUUAGGAGGUCUUGUGAACCUCCAGGUUCUUAUAUUGAAAUCAAAUAAUUUUCAUGGUCGCAUUGAAAUCCCUUCGCCAGUUAAACUUACUUUUCCAAGUCUAAUAGUCUUUGACUUAUCUCACAACACGUUUGAAGGUCAUCUCCCCGAUAUUUAUUUUCAGAAUUUUAUUUCCAUGAAAGAUGUUCCAGAAAAGGAAACAAAACCGAACUACUUGAGCUUGAUUGGAUUAUAUUUUUACACUAUCAUUGUUACAGUGAAAGGUUAUGAUCUCAAAUUUACAGGAGAUAUUCCGAACGUUAUUGGUACUCUUGAGUCACUGAUAACACUUAACUUAUCCCACAACAACCUCAACGGUCGAAUUCCCGAUGCUCUUGGAAAUCUUUCGGAGAUGGAAUCAUUAGACCUAUCUUGGAACCAACUCACUGGAGAGAUCCCUCAAAGUCUUGCAGGAAUAACUGCUCUUUCAGUUUUAAACCUUUCACAAAACCAUCUUGUGGGACGUAUUCCAGAAGGAACACAGUUCGGGUCGUUUGAAAACUCAUUUGGAGGGAAUUCGGGACUUUGUGGCUUUCCGUUGCCCAAAAUGUGCAACCCGCAUCCACGUGAACCACACGUUGAAGUUGAUAGCGAUGAGGAGGAGAGUGGCUUUACAUGGAGAUCGGUGAUGAUAGGAUACGGAAGUGGAACCCUAUUUGGAUUGCUAGCAGGAUUUCUGAUGUUGUCAUCCGGAAGACCAAAGUGGUUCACUGAAAUUUCUGAUGCAGCAGAGCAUAUGAUCUUGAAGAGGCGUAGCAAACAAAGAUACAUUUAUAUAGGAAGAUGAAAUUUGCUGACGAAUGGUAAACAAGUUUGUCAUGUGGAUGGACUUUUUGAAUUAUGAAGUUUUAGAGAACAUACUGAAUUGAUAUUAUUAUUUUCUUUUGAAUUAUGAAGUUGUAGAGAUCCUACUGAAUUAAAAUAAUUUCAUGUAAGUAGACCUUUUGAAUUAUGAAG